AGACCAGUCUCAGAGUUGUCGUCGUACAAGUAAUUGGUUCCUUUGUCAAUAAUAUGUGGAAGUUUGUUUAGUAAUGUUUUGUAGUUUACGGAAACGCGAUCACUGCUAAGAGGAGCCUAGUUAGCGUAUUUUGUAGCGGGAGAGCGGUUUAUGACACACGAGAGAUUUUCGCCCUUCUUUAAAAAAAAAGAAAAACAAUACCAAGAGCGAGCAAGAAAAACAGCAAAGAGAAUUGCUUUCUCGACCGAGAUUUGAUCCUCGAACGCAGUGUCAGAGUGAAGUGUAAAAUUAUUUGUGUUUUUAUCGGCUCGUCCAUCAUACACACCCGCGGUGUAUGCUCGUGCACUCCCUCUCUGUCUAUCUAGUUCUAUGUAUUUCGCCGUCUCUAAUUCAAUCGAUUUUGACUUAUCGACCGAAUGGCUCGCUUAGCAUACAGUUUUAAUCAGUAGUGCCGCGUUGAUUGUUGAAUGAUGUGGUCGAAAACCGCAAAUGUAAGCCAGUGAAUAUUUUUUAAUAUCAUACAAAAAACAAUUAUUCUCCACGCAUACGGACUGCGUUGGUAGUUUAUAAUGGGACGUCAACCGAAUGACACGCCGAGAGUGAUCCGAAGGGUUUCCAAUGAUCAAUGAAGAAGAUAUUUUGGCUGCAAGAUUUUGGUUUCACGUGCUGUGGUGAUAAUGAAGACACAUUCUACUGAUAAUGCAACGUACACAAAAGUGCAAAGCGUAAUAUUGAUAAACGAAUCAAGUUAGUGCAAUAUAUCGUUAAAAUACACUACAAGUGAUACAAGUGAUAAGAUUCGUUGGAAAUGCUGAUCAAUGUGAAUAUUACUGAAACAUAAACAAGCAUUUCUAUCUGAACAGUGCUGAGCAAUGAUUCAGGUCGACUCUGUUGGAUACUCAAGAGUGAAGGAUGAAUCACACAAUGAUGAAGAUAUGAAGGAGAACGCAUGUUUCGAUAACGAGAAUCACAUUCAGAGACCGACGGUAAAAUCGUUAUCUAGAAUGUCGGAAGAAUAUACCGAACACGACGGCAUCAAGCGAGACAGGCUUAAUGAUCGUCAUUUUUCUACGAGACAUCAGCAACGCGAUCGUGAUGAGAUCACGCAUAACGAGGAUAAUUUAAGUGACGAGGAGAACAAUGACGACAACAGUAGUCGCACGGAUGACAAUGAUGGAAAUAAAAAAUCCGACUAUCAGGAUCGAAGCACAACACCGCACGGUUCGUUGGAUGGCUCACCGACGGCCAAUGUUACCGGACACUCAGCGGCCGCAGUUGCAAUCGCAGCAGCAACGGCUGCAGCGGCCGCGGCUGCCGCGAAAAGUCCCGCGGGCAGUGCAUCCUCAGCUUUACCAAACGAAUUCAACGCUGCGGCAUUUUUCCCACCACCGGGGCAGAUGUCCAUUCAAGCCUUUCAAAAUGCUAUUGCUCAAUUCACUGCGAAUGCGUUGGCCAAUAAUAUAGACAAUGAUACGGUAGUGAAAAAUCUGGCUAUUCUCCAGUCCGCACUUUUCACAUUACAACAGCAACAAUUCCUGCAGUUCCAAUUGAUACAACAUCUUCAAUCUCAGCUGGUGAAAAAACAUGCCGAAAAAGAUGAAGCAGUGAACGAUUCGGGAAACUCUUCAAUUUUUAGUCAUAGCCAUAAUAACAAUAACAACAAUAGUAAAAGAAAUGAACCUCAAGAUCUUCGCAAACAAGAUCGAAUUGAGGAAGAUGAAGAAAUUGAAGAAGAAGGAGUUGAAGAUGCAUACAGUAAAAGUUUUCAGAUGGCCAACAUUAUGGCCGCUGCUGCAGCUGCAAGUGCCGAAAAUCGUCCAUUAAUUCAUCCAGUUUCUGAAGAGGAGCUAAGGAAACCAAAAGCUUCUGAAUCUCUUGUUGAGAAGCGACCAAUUCUAGAAACUCCAAUAACGCUACCUUCUUCAACGGCAACAUCUACCAUUGGUUCAAAUCAUUCAAGUUCAACACUUUCUACCAUCGCUAGAGGUGGUAAUACAUCAGAACGGGAUGAGAUUUUACCAUAUCAAGAUUCCAAUUUCUCUUCACUGGCAGCUAAUAUAAUUACUGACCAUGCGCCAUCAACUAUGAGCGAACCAAAUUCGCUGGCUAUGCUAGAAAAGAAAGCCCAAGAAGUCCUUAACUCAGCCUCGCAGGGAAUUUUGUCAAAUAAUCUUUUGGAUGAACUGGCUUUUGCCAACGACAAAUCAUCUCCAAAUGGAAGAAAUGAUGCUGCGCUGUUCAAACAUCGUUGCCGGUACUGUGGUAAAAUUUUCGGCUCGGAUUCAUCGUUGCAAAUCCAUAUUCGAUCACAUACCGGAGAAAGGCCUUACAAAUGUAAUGUUUGUGGGAGCCGUUUUACUACCAAAGGUAACCUAAAAGUUCAUUUUCAAAGGCAUUCAGAUAAAUACCCGCACAUACCAAUGAAUCCAAACCCUGUCCCGGAGCAUUUGGACAAGUAUUUUCCACCACUGAUUCCGCAAGAGGCACUUAAAGAACAACAGCAGCAGCAACAACAAGCGCAACCUCCUCCUGCACCGAUUCCCCCUCCAGGGCCGCCCACUCAGUUUUCAAAUGCUUUCCAGCCAAGAGGGUUCUUUCCUGAUUUUUAUUUACCUCGACCACCCUUAGAUAUAUUUUCAAAUCCGUUGAAUGAGCCCCCACGAAAUCCAGUCGAUCUAUCACAAGUCAAGAAACCAGUGGAACCACCUAGAGAGCCUACACCUGAAAUAAGGCUUUCACCCGAGGUUGUUAUCCAUGAGCCACCUCAUAUCAAACAGGAGCCAAUGGAGGAGUCACUGGAUCUGUCGGACAAGUCUUCAAAAAUUGUUCAGCGAGAGGAAGAUAAAGAAGAAAUAGAGCAAGAGAAGGAAGAGCUUACAAACACCAAUCAUAGUACCAGUGAAAAAGAGUUCCCACUAAAGCUGAAAAAUAAUUCAGUCGAAAACUUAGCCACAGUUCCUUCAGUUUCUCCACCAUCGAGCUCAUCGUCUGGUUCGCUUUACCAAGAUACGGUGCUCGAUCCAUCUUUUUAUUCUGCCCAUAUGCCUCGUCCUGAUAGCAAUGAUAGCUCGUGGGAAAACUUUAUCGAAAUAUCAUCAGAAACAUCGAAGCUGCAAGAGCUGGUUGAUAACAUAGAUAGCAAAACCACCGAACCAAAUCAAUGUUUGGUAUGUAAAAAAGUACUCUCCUGCCGAAGUGCACUUCAGAUGCAUUAUCGAGUUCAUACAGGCGAACGACCAUUCCGAUGUAAAAUAUGCGGCCGAUCGUUCACAACGAAGGGCAACUUGAAGACACACAUGAGUGUUCACAGGAUAAAACCUCCCAUGAGAACGCUGCAUCAGUGUCCCGUGUGUCACCAAAAAUUCUCAAACAUAUUUGUUCUGCAGCAGCAUAUACGGCUGCACACAGGGGAAAUGACUGAUCUUACUCCUGAUCAAAUCAAAGCAGCAGAAAUUAAAGAAUAUGAAGGACCCGAUGUCCGAUUGAAUCCAUUUGGGGUGAGACUGAACGAUUUUCCCCACAGUAAUCAAAACAAGCGAAGCCUAGAACACUCGGACGAAGAGAACGAGCAUGAUGCUAAUGAGGAAAAAUCGCAUAAAGUACCAAUGAGUGAAAAAUUGAAAGUAAGGCCAGGGCUCACUUCACCAGCUAUAGAAAACCAGGUCGAAGAUUUACGUGCAAUGAAUCUGCAGCGGUUAUCAGUCAGAUCGUUACCGAACGAGGAGUUCUCACGGGACUCCGCCUCUGCCAGCCCCAACUCUGCAGACGCUAAGCGGUUAAGGUCAUCCAGUCCAAUUGGUUCUGUCUCAUCAGUAAUGUCCACGAGAUCACCGAUGUCCACACCACCAACAUCCGGCGGAGAACAAAUAGGAGUCGGAGCUGCUGGUAGAGCGGCGGCUGCAGCGGCAGCAGCAGCUGCGUUUCCUUACGGACCCCCUUUUCUAGGGAUGCCACAGUUUCCGCCGUUCAUAAGUAGACCACCGUUUCUUGGAAAUGUGCCAAUAGUGCCACCAGGUUCAAAUAUGCCUCCAUUCGGAUUAUUUGGCGUACGUGGAAACACAACAACUUGUAAUAUUUGCUUUAAAACUUUCGCAUGUAAUUCCGCGCUUGAAAUUCAUUAUCGAAGCCAUACGAAGGAGCGCCCAUUCAAAUGCACAAUCUGCGAUCGAGGAUUCUCUACAAAGGGAAAUAUGAAGCAGCACAUGCUCACUCACAAAAUCCGUGAUAUGUUUGGCAGCUCGGGAGGCAAUUCCGGAGAUGAGUCACGUACGCAAACUCCACCGCAAGACCCAAAUGCUAAUUCGGGCGUUGGUACUACGGGGGGAGAAUUGGGCAACAUUGCCAAUAAUGGCAAUAACCGAUUUUCACAUUCUUAUUCUCCUGCUCCCAUGGACACGACCGACGGCUUUGCUUCGUCAGGCGGACAGAAAAGAGAGCGAUCCAAUUCUGGCCACUUUGACAGUCAUGCGGCGGCACAGUAUGUCAAACAGGAGAAAGAUAAUGCCAUUGACGAGAAUGGUUCCAAUAGCUUACACUCUAAUGUAGAGAACCAAUCAUCUAACAAUAACUAUCAGGAGUUCAUCAACAAGGAUGUGGACAUCAAAAAUUGGUGCCAAAAGCUAAAGGAAAUGCCGGAGAAUAUUGCCGCAAGUUGAUAAUUUCACUUAGUAUCCGACCAGGGAAUUCAUGUAUAGCAUGAGUUUUUUUUGCGUUUGCUAUUGUGAUAUGAACAUGGUAUGUGCAAAUCAAUGAUGUUAAUAGCUUUCUUAGGAACUGAAUUCACCGCGAAAUAUGUCAGAACAUUACUUGUGGAAGGCAGUACAGGAAAAGGAACUAGUAAUCAAAUGUGCGAUCUCAGAUACAAUCCCCAACUUCGUUCUAUUGAUGAAGGAAACCGAAUUUGUAUUUUAGAAAUGAAAUUGUCUAUUUUUGUAAAAUAUGUAACAUAUCAUCUGAUCUUUAUAAUCACUCUGGUUGAUCAACUGAAAAUUAAAAAUGGAAUGUUUCAAUGCAAAGAAGGGUUUGAAGCAAAUAGCGUGGAUGGUGUAAUAUUAGAAAGAUAUUCGUGAUCUGACAGAAUUGCUAGUGUCCUAUCGGAGGAAAUCUACUGAAUCAUUAAAAUGCUAUGAACCAAUGAUAUGGAUUUAUGAAUCCAAGAAAGAAAAAUAUACACAGAGACUGUAAAUCCGUGUUAAGUUGUCGUGAUCAUAGAUUGAGAAGAAGAACAAGCAAAAGACCGAUAGAUAAGAAACAACUGAAAGUUUGUUUUUGUUUUACUAAUACCUAUUUUAAUACUGAAAAGAAAUAGGGAAAUUGUUUUUGUAUAGAAACUAUAUCGUAGCUAUCGCCUGGGCUUGAGAGCUCUUUUAAAAGUACUGUAUGUGAGUGUGUCACUGUAUGUAUGUACCUACAAAUAUAAUAAUAAUAAAGUAAUAUAUUAUGCUUUAUGAAAGUCUAAAUCAAAUAUCUAUUUAAGUAAGCUAUACAAAAAACCUGAAAUGAUAUUUGUAAAUGUAUAGUAAUCGAGAAAAAUACAAAUCGUAGUAAAUUAUCGGAGACAAAUGGAAAAGAAAAAUAACAUUCGGACAGACUUUAUAACUUCGAUUUGACGAAGGUAUAAUAACAACAAAUAAAAUCCAGGCAUACCAUAUUUUGUUUAUUUAAAUUACUACUGUAAAUUUUGAUUGACAAUAGUACAGAGACAAAAGAUUGUAUAUAGAGUUAAGAUUCAUCAUCCUUAUUUUUCAUGUAUCCCUUAUUGAAUUAACUGAAACAUUUACAAUUUCGUUCAUCCUUACAAUUGUGAAUGACUACCAGGAAAAAUAAAAUGUAAUUUAACAACUUUUUGUGAUAAUUUAUGUUAUGAAGUAUACUUUAGGUAUUUAUAUUCUAUUUUACGAUACUGUUUUUAUUGAAAACUAUGUAUAAAAGCGGAAAAGAAAACGACAAAAUAAUACACAUUCAUGAAAAAUUACAACAAA